CGGCCUUCUAAGUUGUAGCUUCUUAAUGAUAAUUAUAGACCAUUAGUCACCUUUACUCAAAGACAAAGAAUCAAAGUCAUUAACAGCUUUAGGUGUUAAUUAAAAAUUAAUGACAAAGUUGGCCCAGUAAUCUUCUUUUAUUUGAUUACACUUCUUCUAUUUAACCAACAAAUAAUUUUUUGAGUGUUUUAAUUUUUAACAAUUUACUAUGAAGAUUUUUACUUUAUUAUUUUUCGUGAUAUUAAUCUCGGAAAAUAACGCAAAAGUGGACAACGCAGAACUGUACGAUGAUUUUAUCUACGAAACAGAAGUUCGGGCAAAAGGCGCGUGUGAGCGAAGAGAUUUCCCGCUGAAUUAUUACGACAGAAGAGAAAAGCUGGACCAAAUCCUGGAGGAGUUUAACACUUUCAUGGCCCAAAAAGCUUUGACUGGAGACAGUUCGUACGAAUUUCCUGGAGAAGAUCUUCUCCGAAUGAUAAACUUCGAGGCACUGGCUGACAAGAAGGCGGGUAUCAAGAUGGUGGAUGAGAAGAAUAAAAUCAACUACUACUGGACAUCUCUGAACCAGAACACAGUUCGGAAUAUUGUUCCCGGAACUUUGACGAGGUUCGAUUGCGACCCUGGCAAAAUCUUCGACUGGGAAACUAAAGUCGAUCCGGAGUUCACUUCUGACAUCAACGAGAUUUACAAAAAAUUUGCGAUGACUGUUGCCGAGCUCCUGCAGGAAUAUCAGAAAGAAAUGGAACUUUGCCAGAAGAUUCCGAGCAUUAAAACCGCCCUCAUUGAUUUUGUGACCCAAGCAAUGAAAUCUCACUUCCAGCGGUACAUCAUUGAUGUCUUCGAUGCGCGAGUUUCUACUUUCUGCCGUAGACAAUGCAUCACCACUGAAGUAAGAGCGAUUAAUCGAAGAUUUAUUCAAAAUCUUAAUGGUUUGGACGAGUUGAUCGUGCUGAUGACCGCUGACUGGCACGAAUUCCAAGAAAAAUGUGAACUUAAAUCUACAACAACUUCCACAACGACUCCAGCGCCAAUUAUAAUUCGUCCUUACCAUCGAUCUCGGCCUCACCUAAGCGACGACUAUGAUUGUUGGGGUAUCUUCGACUUGUUUAAACACCACAACUACUUUGAUUAG